AUGACCAACGCAGCCCGCGCCGCCGAGGCCGCUUCGAGAAACUCCAGUCGUCUGCCGACCUCGUCAGCCUCCUCCGUCUCUUCAGCGUCGUCGCGCCGCUCGCUUUCGAGAUCUCACUCGCCUGACUCCCACCCGAGCAAGCGCCUCAAGAAGUCGCACAGCGGUGCCGCCGCAGACUCAGUUGCCGUCGAGCAGACGCCGCCUCCCUCUCCUCCUGCUACAUCUGGCUCUGACGCUGCUCCUAAAAAGAUUGACCUCGGGGCUGUCAAGGACGACAUUGUCGAGGCCGUCAUCACGCAGCUGGAGUCGACCGCCAACAGGCCUCACAUAAUCAAGGACCUGGCGACUGUCCUCGGCCAGUCGCUAAACUCUGUACAGCAGUCUGCCAAUCCUUGUGCCAUCAUAUCCUCCCGCCUAGGCUCCUACAUGAAGCGCCCGUGCUGGACCGCACGGGCCCCUUGUCACCUGGCCAAAGAACUCGAGCCUGCUCACCCCCGCCGCACAUACUACUACCUCACCACAAUGCCCCGCCAACCACUUCCCUCGACGGAUGCCACCCAGCAGAGCAAUCCGGUGUGCGGCGCGACUCCGUCGGUAUCCCUUACCGACGACUCCGGCUCUGACGAGCUCGAGGAGCGCCGCCGGGAGCUGAGCCCUUCGCCCGAGAUUGACCUGCCCCGCCCCGACUUCUACGACACCCAGGACCUCGACGAUUGCAUGCCUGUCUCUCCCAUCGGGUCGCUGCCCAGGCAUCAGUCACGCAACGCCAAUGAUACUUCCAGCAAUCUCCCUCCCCUGGAGAAGGACGAGCGCGAGUUCACCCAGACGGCCGACACCCUGCAGAAGCGCAAGUUCAAUCAGGCGCCUCCCCCGUCGGAAGCAACGGAGCGCUACCACGUUGGCGAGUACGGCUUCCGCGAUGACGUCUGGUUUUCCAACAGCUUCCCCGCCAACCUUGUCACCAGUCCUGCCAUGAAGCCCAUAUUCACGCCCUACACCAGCCGCAAGGACGAUGACGCAGCCGAGAACUGGCUCAAGCUCAACAAGCUGUUCGAGUGGGGUCAGGGCGCCGAGAGCAUUGAGAUUGAUGAGCUCGAUGGUCUCCUAGACGAGUGCUAA